UGCAGAGGAAAUAAUUGAUAUGCCGGGAUUUUCUCACAAAAAUGUUGUUGAACCGAAUGUAGUUGUAGAACAAGAUAGUCAAGCUGAUGAAACGUUAGGACGUCAAGGAUUAGGCAGAUACAAUUUAAGAAGAAAUCCCAAGCAAAAGAUUCUCAUAAUAGCUUCGGCAACUGCAAGGAAAUAA